CUGUGUUUCAUUGCCGAGGAGUUUACGGACGCGUCAGGGGCUCUCUCUCCCCCCAGUUUACCUUCGGACGAGCCUGUUAUGGACUACUCCAGUUCUCUCAGCAACCUGGACCGAUUUUGAGAAACGUUUGCGUUUUUAGCUCCUUCCCCCCCAAAAAAUUCCACAUACAAGUCAGCAGCAUGGCUGAAAGGGAGCCCGAAUCGCCUGGAAAACUAAAGACAUUAUUAUAGCCAGAAUUGGCUUUUUCGGAAUAGGAGGCCUAUCCGAACGGACUUUUUCUUUUCACAACUUUCCCCUCUGUGGAUAAUGGAUGGCAGAGAUUUUGGACCUCCCCGAUCCGUCCACGUACCCCCUCCGUUGUUGGCGGGGCUCGCAAUGGAGUCUCACCGACUCGGAGCAGCAGCAGCAGCCAGGAGGAUCCCUCCCUCGCCCGGUCACUUGAGCGCGAGUCAUCCGCCGCCUCUCCACUCCGGGAAAUUCUUGCCAUCGGCCAUUAACCUACAUCCACACCACAGUGAUGCCUACGCAGCAGGCUCGAGUCCCUUCCUGUCAGGUUAUCAUGGCCACUCCCCCUUGACCUCUGACCCUGCGUACCGAUCGGCCAAUCCCAGCAGUCUGCAGAUGGCUCAGCUGUGGGCAUCACACGCUCAUGAAGGCUACCCUCCUCUGCCAAGCAGUCUGUACUCCAGCCCCUACCUGUCCCUGGGGCACCUGGAUUCUCCCUCGCUCUCCCAGCACCCUCUGUACGACUCACACAAAGAGGGCUUUUACCUGCCAGCCUCCUUGAGCCAGUUGCCUCUCCACCCUCCAUCGGCUCCUCCGACCGUCCCGUCCAGCUCCACACCCCCCCAGAGGACGUCCAGAGAUGGGGGAAGGGACCGACCUUACCGGGGGGAGAGGGAGAGAGAGCGGUCAAGAGAGGAGCAGAGGCCACACAGUGUGGUGGACCUGACACAGGAUGGGAGGAGCGAGGAGGACCGCAGGGCAAGGAGCGGCGACCGGGAACGAGAGAAAGAAAGGGACCGGGACACGGAGAGAGACAGAGAUAGUUGGCCUUUCCAUCCUCGCCACCACCAGCAGAAGUCACACUCCCAGCCUUCCACAGUGGAGCCCAGAUCCAGGCCGUCACCUCCACAGCACUCCUUCCCUUCAGGUGGGGGUGGGAGAUUUCAUGGACCAGAAAUGGACAGAGGGGGUCAAGAUGAAGAAGGGGGCUCGCGACCCCACCCUAACAGUAACUUUAACGCUAACUCCAAUAACUCAAACUCCCACUCGGACAGACAGAGGAGGAAUGACUCUGUAGCCACGUCAGCUGGGACCCUCCACAUCUCCUACGCCCUUCCUCCUGCGUUUCAGCAGCAACCCUCCACACCCAGAGAGCCUACAAGAGAACAGCGAGUCAGCGCACCGACAUAUGUGCCUUCUGUGGAGGUUUACGAUGAGCGGGUCGGGCCCAUCCAGAUCGCCUCCCAGGCCCGAGACAACAAACACAGUGACAAACACAGAGAAAAGGAACGAGACAGAGAACGAGAGCGCGACAGAGAGCGUGAUCGGGAGAGAAACCUCGAGAGGGAGAGCUACAGGUUUCCUGAGAGGAGCCUGAUGGAGCAUCCUCGACUCUCCCAGUCUGGCGAUUCAGGCAAUCAGAGAGAGGAGGGUUCUGUCAUUUGUUCAAAUGGUUCCAUUGGUAAACGAGGUCAGGACGUGUCUUACUCCUCCAGUCAAUCAAGGUUCAGCCCGGAAACCAGGGACAUUAAACACUCAAUCCAAUUGGGUAUAGAGCGGGCAGGGGCGGAGCCUAAGUGGAAUACCAUUAGCCCUUUAGCCAACUAUGCCACGAGUCACAUGGCUGCUCUUGCAGCCCAACACGGACACACACUCUCUUCCCCCCACAGCCAGCCGACACAUGCACAAAUGCCCCAUUCCCCUCACGCAACUCAUCGGCCCAGCAACACCCCACACUCCGCCCACAGCCAUUCCCCCCAGAAUCACCCCUCCCAACACGGACAUGGGCGUGCGGUUGAGGAGGGGAGUCAGAGACGCUACCUGGACCCAUCUGCGCUCUACCGACCUGGGGGGUCAUUGGCUGGAGAGCGGGGUGGGGGAUCAGGGUCAGAUCCCACAGAGGUUUCAGCCAUGCAGAGUCUGAUUAAAUACAGUGGGGACUUUGCUGCUGAAGGUCCAGGGUCCUCCAGGCACGCUGGGGAUGGCAGAGGGCCCUUUGGUGGUCUGGCUCACGUUGGUAUGGAAGCCGAGAGGGAGAGGGAGAAAGAAAGAGGGAGGGAAAAAGAUAAAGAAAGAGAGAGGGAGAGAGAUAGGGAGAGGGUAUCGGUUGGAUCAGGUGGUUCUGGGGCGGUGAGAAUGCCUCCCCAUCUGAAGAGAGAGCAGGAGCGGCCGGACAGCGCCCGCUCGUUUGGCCGGGAGACGGAGGGGGAGGUGCGACACCCUCCAGUUGGCAUCGCUGUGGCUGUGGCCCGGCAAAGAGACAGUGGAAGCACCAGUAAACAGACCAGUGGACCCUCAGACACACAGAGAACCCUGCUGCAAACAGCUAUUAAAGAUGAGGAGCGAGGGGAGGAGCGGGGUCGUCACCAUGAUGACCGACUGCUGGCUGGCCGGCUGGAGCGCGAGCAGGAGAAAGUGCUCAGAGAGUCUAAGGAACUGGCAGAAUAUACGCAGAUGCACCCAACCCCGCUAUCUAGCAGCUUGACACCCAGCCUCAUGACCCCCAAUCUUAUGGUCACAGGAGGGGCGGGACGAUGGCCUCCCGACCCCUCAACUCUGACCUCUCACCCCUGGAUGCCCCAACCUGGAGCCCCCCCAGUCUGGCUCUCCAGCUCCCCAUACAGCCUCGGUCCUUCCUCGCUCCACCAGACCCUCCCCCCAGGCUACCCACCCUCUCUGCCAGGCUCCAUUCCCCAUUCAUACCAGUUUGCCAGAGACCCACAGUCUGGACAGCUAAUAGUCAUCCCCACCGAACACCUGCCACACUACGGAGGUGAUGUACUGGAGCGGGGAGCCCCGGUGUGGCCGGGGGUCUACAGUACCGGCAGCUCGCUGCAGCAUGCAGCCCAGCUCCAGCUCCUCUCUCAGCAGCAGAUGCUCCGGCAACAGGAGCUGCUCAUGAUCCAGCAGCACACAGCGCAGGUCCUGGAGCUGCAGAGGAACGCACAGCUAGUCGAGCGUUUAAAGGCCAGCGAACACCGGCCGGAGAUGCAAGACAAAGCAGACAAGCGAAACGCCCACCCCAAACCACGCCCCUCCUCAAUAUCUUCUCCGUCUCCCUCACCAAUCUUGCACCCCCGCAAACCUCCCCCUCCCUCUCGGACGCCAACCCCGUGUACUUCCUCCCUCACCCCUCUGCCUCCGCUCCCCUCCCCGGUGACCACCCUCAAGUCAGAGGAAGGUGGGCAGAGAGUGUUGUCUCACCCACCGACACCCCUGCCUCACCCGCCUUCCCCCUUCUCCGCCUCUCCGCCCCCAUCUUCACCACGGCGUCCUAAACUAGAGGCGGCCGAGGAGGGGGAGGUGGGCCGGAGGGGGCAGAGAGAAGGACAGAAGCCGACCUCUGCAACCUUUCAAGGCAUCUACUCUGAUCUCCCUCCUGGUUACCCUUACCAGUCCAUCACUGCCCCAUUUGGCUCACCUUUCCCCCCUUAUCACAUCCCAGCACCCACAGGGGCAAACACAGAAGUAGUCCCACCCCACCGCUCCCGCUCUCCCGCCUCUGUUGCCCCUUCGCCCUCAGCACACCUCCAUUCAAGGCUGCUGGAAACCAACAUCAAGCCACAGAAACUAGAGCCCUCAAAGACGGGAUCUUUUCUCAAGCAGGAACCAGGUCUGGAACAGCCUGCACUAGACAUGACGCCAGAAUCUCUGGGUCCCCUUCGCGGGAGCUGCAGCCCUGCACUCGCCGGCCAGGACAGAGAGGAAGACGGGGAAGUCCCGAAGCCCCAGCCUCGACCGCUACCUCUGCUUGUCCCCAGCCCUCUACCGCUACAGAGUGAAAGACAGGAUGAAGUUAGGGAGGAAGACAAGGAAGUUAAAAUGGAGUUGUCAUCUUACUCCUGCCAGGCAGCAUAUGCCCUGCCUCGUCCACUCACAGAAACUGAACCUAAACCCGAGAUCAUGAAGGAUCCAGAAUGGUAUCCAGCAUGCAUUGUUGCAGAUUCAGACUGCCAGGAGUCGGCUCAGAUGUGUGCGUCACUAGAACAAAUCACCAGCCCAGUGUGUGAACAAGAACGGCCAGACACUCUGAUCAACUCGCACAAUCCAAGUCAGAAAGAAAGUAUCACUGAAACUCCCGCUUGUUCUCCUCCCACCUCCAACUCGCCACUCCCGCUGGUCAUCGGCCCUGAAGAUCCCAUGGCAGGGAUAUUGGCUCUGCUGGCAGCCAGUGAGAUGGCCCAGGCUCGCCCCAGCACCCCACCCGCCCCAACACUUACACUGCAUAUAGAAAACCCUAUCAUGGGUGCAGAUUGCAGCAGCGCAGGGGCUCUGGAGAUGGUGGCACUGGAGGGGAUGGCCCUGCUUAGCCAAAUGGCCCAGCGAGAGAUGGAGCACAUGAGCCUGGAGCAAGAUCUGACAUUAGAGGGUCUGGACUGUCUUCUGGAAGCAAGCAGACAGAUUUUGUUGGAGGCCAUUGAGAAACAGUCCCACAUCGAUCUGCCCAGAACGCUGGACCCCACCAAGAAGUAUAGCUGGAGGCAGAGGAAGGAAGAGCCGCUGUACAGUAAAAUGUCCCUGGACGUGUUGGACGCAGUGGAAGUGGAGUACCGUGUCCGCCUGGCCGAGCUGCAGAAGACAUAUAAGGAGAGGCAGAGAGAUUUGAGCAGGCUGCAGAGACGCAGAGACAAGCGUGAGCGGCAGCAGCAGGAGGACGAGAGGCGGAGUCUGACCAGACGGGGCAGAGGACGACCCAGGAAGAGGAAACACUUGGCUACACCUCCCAAACUGGACAGCAGGCCUGGAAAGGUGGGUAGGACAGUGCAAUACUCUGAGGACUCUGAAGCUGGGGAGGAACAGAGGAAGAGGUUUCGCGUGUCCAGAGAAGACGAGGAGACGGAAGCAGGAAGUGGAGGAGGAAAUGUGAAAAAGAAGAAAAAGAAGAAGAGCUGGAAUGACCAGGAGCCGUCCACCAGUCAUGUUCUAGAGGUGUUGAAGACGAAGCGUGGCCCCGUGUGUGAGCAGGAGCAGCUGGCGUCAGACCUCAACAGGGCGCUUUCACUCACGCAGCUCAGCUCACUCGGCGCAUCGCGCAAACUUACCUCCACCUCCAAAUCAGACAAGUCGAAGGGCAAGUCUGCGGAAAGUAGGAUGAAGGAGCGCAGCAUCCACCCGUCCACUAAAACGGGGAAACACAAGAUGCCCGCCAAGGCUUCGUCUUUGGAGACCGUCCCUAAAGUGAAAGGUCAGAAGAAGACUGCUUUGUUCUCCACCAUGAGAUCGGAGCUCAGCAGCGGCUCCAACAACUCAGAUUCAGAGGAGCACAUUUCUGCUCGAGGGGGCUGGCCCUCUCUCUCAGGCACGCGUUCCCACGGCGACCUGACCACGAAGAGGCGGUCCGCAUCCUCGCCGACAUCCCUGCUGUCCAGCGAGAAGUCUCGGAAGAAGAAACACAAGCACUUAUCCCUGCUGCUGGAGGAAGCGGGCCUCAGCUCCUCCGACGACUCCUUCGACCAAGAAACCUCCGAGGAUGACUACGAGAACGAGGACGAGUCUGAAUUGGACAAUAAUGAUGGCUGUGAGGAGAGUGGACUGGGUCUUCUGGCCAGGUUUGCGGCAAGCGCGCUCCCUGUCAGCUCCACCCCAUUGAGCCUUAUCCAUGAUGAACACCGCAGCAGGCAAAGCACUCUGGGGUCUUCAGAGUGUGAGUGGUCAGACUCUGGCUCGGACAUACGACUGAGGAAGUUCCCCUCUCUGCUGCAUGGCAAACGUUCUGCCCCAGAGCUCCCCCUGUUGCCCCCGGCAACCCGCCGCAUCGACCAGACCAGCCCCUCAAAGCGAGAUGACUCUCUGCCAGUCAAACGCAAGCCUCUGCCUAAGCCUAGGCCCACGCCCCGGUCGCCGCGACCAUUUAGCUUUGACUCCGCCUCCGGGUUUGGAGGCUUCAGCGAGGACGAGGGCUGGACCCGACGACGCAGCGAGAGGAUCUUCCUCCACGAUGCCACCACCACAGCCAGUCCGAUGCCCGUGUCAGCAUCCGCUUCCACCAGUCAGAGCUCCUGCUCCAGCUCAGCCCCACCUCUUACCCCGAAGCCAGCCUCCAGACCCAAAGCCUCUCCGCCUAGCAGAGAGGGGAAAGAUGUGGUGAAACAGAAAAAGAAGCUGAAGGACUCUCCUCUGCCCGUGAGUCCGUCCACUCUGUGCAGUCCAAUCACAGACGCCCCUCCACCCAUGAGCCUCAGCCCGGUUCGCAAGAGCCAACAAAAAGCCAAGACCAAGGCUAGAGAGCCAUCCAGGGGAGCGGUGAGCCGGCUGAUGGAGAGCAUGGCGGCAGAUGAAGACUUUGAGCCCAACCAGGACAGCAGCUUCAGCGAAGACGAAGUCGUCCCGACACUCAGCAACAGCGUAUCGGAGAGGUCCUCCACACCUGCUCCAGUGCAGUGUGUGUUGGAUAAGGAUUCUCUAGUGGACGGACUCAGAGUUUUGAUCCCGAUGGACGACCAGCUAUUGUACGCAGGACAUGUGAACACUGUACACUCCCCUGACAUAUACAGCGUGGUGGUGGAGGGGGAGAGAGGGAACCGACCACACAUCUACUGCUUAGAACAACUGCUGCAGGAGGCUAUCAUCGAUGUGAAGCCUCCGUCCGUGCGCUACCUCCCAGAGGGCACCCGCAUCGCUGCCUACUGGAGCCAGCAGUACCGCUGCCUGUACCCUGGCACUGUUGUCAACGGAAGUUCAGAUGUUGACGAGAAGGAUGAUCUUAUCACCGUGGAGUUUGACGAUGGCGAUACAGGCCGCAUCCCCCUCUCCCACAUUCGACUGCUGCCGCCAGACUACAAGAUCCACUGCGCUGAGCCGUCCCCUGCGCUGCUCGUGGCCAGCUGCUCCAGGAGGCGAGUCCGCAAAUGCAGCAAAGACGUGGGAACAAAGCCAGAGGAGACCGCUCCCAAGAUCAAAGGAAAACCGGGUCGCAAACCCAAACCCAAACCAGAGACCUCUGUGAACCCAGAUGGCCGAGAGAAACCUGAUCUUCUAUCCUCCUCCGCCCAGCCCGUAGAGAGACCGCCGGCUCCAGCCAAGCCUUCCCAAGACAGGACCUCCUCUGUCCAGAAGGCGGCUCAGGAGAAGCCCCAGCCUGCUUCCCGGCCAGCAAUGGGAACCAUGGCCAAAACAGGCCGUAAGAGCUCCACCACAUCUCCCGCAAGUAGCCCUACCCUUCCCAACCCGGUCCCCAGGAAGGCCAGUUCAGGCCAGCCUCCCGCUACUAAACCCGCCCGCGCUCUCCCUUCCUCCCUCUACCCCUCCACCUAUGGAAAAGUCCUGACUGUGGAUCUGUACAGUGAGCCCAACCUCAGCUCAUACAACAACCAGCGCAGAGACCGAGAGAUUAGCAGCAGUGUCAGUCCGUCCACCAACAGACAAAUGUCCAGACCCAAUAUGGCAACAUCAUCUGCUGCACCCAAGCCAAGUGCUUUGUCCACGCCCAGGCCAACCUCUGCCUCCUCAUCCAAAACCAAACCCUCCUCGGAUCAUCACAGACCCAGCCACAGUGCUGGACUCAUCCCCAUCUCCAGGCUGUCAAUGGGCAAACCCGGCUCUUCGCUGACUUCCAGACCUUCCUCAUCUUCACUGUCAUCAUCAUCUGCCCCUAGACCCAAACUGAAGAUGCAGUCUGACCAGCUUUCCUCCAGACCCAGCCCCGUCUCCAGGACCAAACCCGGCCCGGGAAAAAGUGACGUGGUCUCGGUGGUGAGACGCAAGCCCCUGUCUGCGGAGCCCCUUGUGAAGCUCGACCAUGAAGGUGUCACCUCCCCCAAGACCAAGAAGACCAAGGCUCUGAUGUUGCUAGAGGGUCGGGGCAUCAGAGGAGAUCACACCCCCAUCACCACAGCCACAGCCAAUCAGAAACUGCUAAAGGCUAAACCCCUGAGAGCUCUGGAUAGAGAGUCCUGCCUGCCCGAGAAAGACUCCGCCUACAAAGCACAGAUGCUGGCUAAAGAGAAGGCAGAAGGUCGCGGCAGUGCUGCUAGAGGACAGGAGAUGGUCACAAGAGAGGAGAAAGGUAAAAGAGAGGAAAGGAAAGAGGUGGAGAAAAGAGAUGAGAGGAAGAUGAAAGAGGAAUCUCAGAGUAGCAGCAGCUCAGAUUCGGAGGAAGAACGGGAGAAAGGGAAGAUCAAGAAAAAGAAGAAAUGCACCUCAAGUUGCUCAUCCUCCUCUUCAUCCUGCUCUGGUUCCUCCUCGUCUUCUUCCUCCUCGUCCUCUUCGUCGUCCUCUUCGUCCACUGAUGACUCUUCCUGCAGCUCAGAUGAAGAGAGAACCCCUACUUCUCCACAAGGUCCUGUCGCCCCACCUCCACUACAGGACAACCCCAAAGAAGAAAAAAAAGAUGAUGAUGAAGAAGAAGAAGGAGAGGAGGAAGAGAGGAAGAAUGAGGUGGAGGUAAAAGUGGAAGAAGAAGAAGAAGAAGAAGAAGAGCUGUCUCCUCUCUCACCAUCUUCCUCUCCUUCAGCCUCACCAACUCCAUCUGCUCCCGCAAAACCAGCCACGGGGAAGGGCUCUGGGCAAAGGGGCCGUCCUCCGAAACCAAAGCCCAGCGGAGGAGAGGGGAAGGUGGGGAGACCGAAGCGGAGAGAGGGGGUCCACCUCCCCACAACCAAAGAGCUGGCGAAACGUCAGAGGCUUCCCAGUGUGGAGAACAGGCCCAAAAUCUCUGCUUUCCUUCCAGCCAGACAGCUCUGGAAGUGGUUUGGAAAACCCACUCAGAGACGUGGUAUGAAGGGAAAGGCCAAGAAGCUCUUCUAUAAGGCUAUUGUGCGUGGCCGAGAGAUGAUCCGCAUCGGUGACUGCGCUGUGUUCCUGUCCGCCGGUCGGCCCAACUUGCCCUUCAUCGGCCGCAUCCAGAGCAUGUGGGAGUCGUGGGGCAGCAACAUGGUGGUCAGGGUCAACUGGUUCUAUCAUCCAGAGGAGACAAACCCCGGCAAGAAACUUACUGACAAGAAGAACUGGGACCAGAUGUGUGGUCAGUCUUUGCCGGCAGCUCUGCACUCUUCUAUCCAGAGGAAAGACUUCAUGGAGCGCGCCCUCUACCAGUCGUCUCACAGCGACGAGAACGAUGUGCAGACGGUCAGUCACAAGUGUCUGGUGGUAAGCGUGGAGGAGUACGAGCAGAUGACCCACACGCGUCGCUACGCCGACAGCGAGGACCUCUACUACCUGGCCGGCACCUACGAACCCACCACCGGCAUGAUCUUCAACACCGACGGUGUCCCAGUCAUCUGCUGAACAAACACAAAAAAAACUCACUACGAGUUGCUGAGACCAGAUCACGGCGCGACUCACCGCUGAGUCAAACCCGACUGGUCUUUUCCGAGUCUAUUCACUGAUCUUCAUGACGGAUCUUUCAACGAACUCAACGGCUCCGACACAGUGAUACACUUCAAACUGACUGUCUUGAGCAGCUUCUACUACAGAGACGGGAGACACUAUAGGCAGUAUUACAGGGAACAACACAGACUCCAUCAAACUUCAUGUUCAUGGGAAAGCUUCAGAACACACACGAGCCCUUCUGUCCCCUUUUACAUGUAAAUAUCUAACACCCACACACAUGCACAGUCAUGUAAAUACUCCCCUCCAUGUAAUACACACACACAGUUAUAUAAAGCAAAAUAUGAGUGUUUUAUUUUCAUGUAAUAGAUUUAUGUCAGAGUACUUUUUUCUAAAGAGGUAAACAGUUAAGAAGCUUUAAUGAACUGUGAAUGAUUUUACAGGAGAGAGGGCCGUGUACGUCCAUCCGUCCCCUCUUCUGCCCUGGCUGGACGGACGGACGGAUGGACACAGGUGGCGGUGAUGUGAUGUUGUGAUUAUGAUGUUGCAGUGGUGAUGUUACAGUCAUGUUACAGUCAUAUAAACGUAUCUACAGAACAGCAGGAGCGACAGAAAGAGAAAGAGACGCACAGUCCAACAUAGAGCACUUAAAUAAAUAAAACACUUAAAUUGCUCAUGUUAUGCUCAUUUUCAGGUUCAUAAUUGUAUUUAGAGGUUAUAUCAGAAUAGGCUUACAUGGUUUAAAUUCAAAAAACACCCUGUAUUUGCUGGACUGCAUACUGCACACUGCGGCAGCUCCUCUUUUCCCCCUGUGUGUUGAGCAAGUGAGGCACUUCUGUUCCAUCUUUGUUGGGAGUUGCACAUGCGCAGCACGCCGGUCAGCACUACAAAGUAGUCAGAAGCAGAGUAUGAGGGCGUGUCACGCUAGCAGCGAGGCAAGCAACAGAUCUGUUUGGAGCAGUUUGUGAUCAGUGUUUUCUGUUGGAGAUUGGAAGUCCCUUUGGCGUGGACAUUUAGGUUUUUCACUUUGGAAGCCUAUGAGAUGCACAAAAAAGAUAUAUAACACAAUAAAGGAAAGGGAAAAUGCCAAAAAGCAUAAUAUGAGCACUUUAAUCCUCCUUUAAUUUAACUCCUUUGAUUCACCGUGACAAUCCUAAUUCGGGCAGGCAAACUGUCCAUGUGCUACUAAAACUGUUGACUCCCUCAGAGACUCAGGCUUAAAGAGAGAGGAAGGAAUCUUGUACUAUUAAAAGCACUUCCCAUUUUCAUCUUUGAGUUUCUUAUCUUGAAGGGAAAAUCCACCCAGAGAACACGUAAACACUAUGAAACCAGCUGAUGUUGAUGUAUCCUUUAUGUAGUCGCUCGCCCAUUUUUGCACCGAGGUUGAGCAGCAACACAGUACGAAAUGGAUCUUAGAGGAUGUAGACACCAGUUUUUCUACCUGACAGAAGCCUCAAUGGCAACAACAUUCAGUGACUGGUGAUUGUUGAAAAGCAUACUGGGUAACGUAGGAAAAAAAAGGGGUAGCCAAGAAAAACAAACAACACUUGCUCACUAAGAGACUCCGUGAAUGCACUGAACAAGUUGAUGUAUUGACAGUGUUGGGGUCCCAAAGGGUGGAUUUGUCCUUUUUUUAAGGUGUUGUCAGGGUUGUAAACAUUGCAGUCGGUCCAGGAUGCAUUAAGGUCUAUGCAGUGAUUACAUCAUGAACAUAAUUUAAUUUUAACAAUAUUUUCCAGAAAUUUGCGUUCUUCAUUUGUCUUGACUGCAUUGUUUUCAACCUCUAAAUGUUCUGUGUUAGAUUUUAUUUUGCUUCUGCUGUUUUUUGGACCUCUAUCUUAUUCGUUUGACCAGCCCCUCCGAGCAAUCAUCUUUGAUGCGAGUGCACUUUGAAUGAGCUCCGCUGCAGAAGAGACUCUGACUGGCAGUCUUGUAUGUCUUCCUAGAGUAUUUACCUACCCCGCCCCCCCCACCACCACCACCCACCACCACCUGCCUCUUCUCUGUAUGCUGGUGUGGCCCCUUAGCCCUUAGACACAGAUAAACUAACACACACACUUUACACUUUCUUCUUUUCGUCUCCCUUAGCUGCUUAUUAGCUCUUUUUUUCCUUGUGCCUAGUUUAACCGUUUUUAGGGUGAGACUGUUGAAUGUUGUGCUCAGGGUUGUGAGCGUUUGGGCGGCCUUACUCUCCCAGGCUUUAUGAUGAUGAUUUGCCAAAUCUCGCUUUGGUCCCGCCCCUUCCACCAUCAUCAAAGUAAUCAGAUUGGUGUUUUCCCCAGUAAUGCCUUUCUUCUUUGUGAUUUAAAGUUUAAACAACCCUCCGUUCCUGAGCUUUUAACCCACUUUGUUACACUAUUGUGUAUAGAGUUUGUAUCAGAUCUAUCAGUAUCUAUUUAGAGUAUACUAGUAUACAGUUUACUACAUAUAGUAUAUAUCUGUGAUUAUCAUGUUUAUUUUGUAUAUUUCUUACCACGUUGCCCUCUGUCUGCUUUGCUGCAGAGAUUGAAGAUUGUCUUGUUGAUAUUCAAUAGGUUUAAUACUUUUUACUCUCUUUUUGAUCUUUUGGUUAUGUCUGAUUUUAUUAUAGGCUAUAUCAUAUUUGUACCCGCUCUGAGAUGACGUCUCGAGGACAGCCCAAGGUGUUAAUGUUGUUAAUGUGACAUAUUCCCGAUUAAAAUGACAAAAGACGUCUGCCAGUAUAGUGGCAUUUCAGUACGGGAGAGGUCAAAUGAGAAGUUUGAUAAUGUGCUGCUAGUGGUUUAAACCGGUACCAAGUGACUAUAUGUGCUGUUUUCUGAGAUUACUCGAUUGAUGGAUGUCAGAAUAUCUUAUCUGCUAAAGCCCCAGCUGGCCCUUCAGGCUGAGACUCCCAUUUCUGCUGGCAAAAGUUCAAAUGUUUUGAGUGACAGUCGGCCAAAAUGGAUCUCCGGCUGGCAUCUCAGCCAGGGAAGCGCAACGGGUACACAGGUCGUACCGGUGUUUGCAGAGUGUUCACAUGCUCGUUAUGAAUGUUUGUUUACCCCUGGAGCUGCUAAAGCACUUUUUUUCUGUGUAUCUUGUGUGUGUGUGUGUGUGUGUGUGUGUGUGUGUGUGAGGGAGAGAGAGAGAGAGAGACUGAUAAGACAUCACACUCUUAUCCUCUGGUAUUACCACAAACACACAUGCACACAUUACACACCUACACACCUUUGUAACCCUUUAAGGUGUGUGUUAUUGCCUUCCAAUCUUUAUUUGCCCCAUAUAUCCAUCCAAAGCCCAGCCUAAGGCCUUCAAACAGGGUCCAACACACACACACACACACACGUAUUGCCCACCUCGCCUUCAUUUUUAUUUGGUGUCGUAUGUUUUGAGAGCCUGAUUUUGUAUAUGUUGUUUUUACCACCGUUUAAGUUUUACUUUGGUCUUUUAAAAUGUUUUCGCUGUGAUUGAUUUUUUCAACAUAAUUUCUUUUUUUUUUUGAUCGCAUGUUUCCGUCACUUGUUUUUCUGAUGCUUCCCCUCUCUGAACAAUCGUCCACGCCUCUCAAGCAAUACUGCUGACAGGCACUGGGAGCUAGCUGCUAGAAAGAGAGAAGAAUGGGAGAGAGAGCAAAAGAGAGAGAGAGAGAGAGAGAGAGAGAGAGAGAGAGAGAGGUGGACUGGAGGCUGGUUCUUCGUCUGCUGUUCCUUCAGUAUAGUUGUUGUCCUGUUAAAGGAAAAAAAAGAUUAUUUUGAAAAUUAAUAGAAAAAUAAGUUUUGUAAAUGAUCAAAUGGAGAAAAAUCUAUCAGAAUAUACUUUGUAAACACAUGUCUAAUCUUGUAAAAAUGCAAAAAGAAUACAUUUUAGAGAUAAAUCUGAAACGGAUAUAUUCUGCCACCCUAUACUGUAUGUGUAAGGUCUUUUCUGUUUUUUUACAGACAACCACGUUUAUCAGUGUUUCUUUUAAAUUGUUUUAGUAACUCAAUAUUUUAUAGUUAAUCAAUAAACAGAUGGAACUGUA